AUGUCUAAGCCCCGUCGCUCGAAGCAUCUGCCACAAUAUCGAGACGCCGACAACACAACCGCUCCAUCUGAUCCCGUGUACAACGGUGGCACACACUACAUAGAGAAUCCAGACAAUUCUCUCGCCCUGACGAGAAACCAGCAAGGCUCAGGAACGAGUUUUGACACUGAAGACUCCAUGAGUUCACAUCCAGAAACUGGAAUUGAUGGGAGCGCGCCUCAGGACAAUCUGACUCCGCCUGAGAGCGGCCCCAGCCACUUCUCUUGCGCGGAAAUAGUCCUCAGAGAUCUCCAGGUCCCUAUGGUCACAAUGCCAGCAAGCGGGCCUGCCACCAAUGCUAGUAGGAAGGGUGCCAUCAGCAUCAAUGGGGGCGUAGCAGUUGUGAAUGGAAUUGUCGGUGCCAACAUUUGCGGCCAAUUCAUUGUUGGACAGCCCUAG